AUGUUCUCGGAGAAGCAGAAUACCGUUGUUCAAACCAUAUCGGAAGAUGCCGUCGAGGAAGCCGAACUGUCUUUCCAAUUCACCAAAGAAGAACAUGCUCUCAGGUGGUGGGAUGCUAUGCGCAAGUACUACCCCGCCAUUGGCUGGGGACUGUUCAUGAACCUGGCAACUAUCCUUAAAGGCAUUGACGGAGGCAUCGUGCGCAGUAUAGUAGGUCUCCCCGUCUUCAAGGAGACAUACGGGUACAACCACAACGGGAAAUACAUCAUUGCCGCAGAAUGGCUAUCAGCCUUUAACUACGCGAACAACAUCGGCGCCAUAAUCGGCGCUCUCUGUUCCGGCAUUGCCUAUGAUCAAUUUGGGCCGCGGCGCAUGACAGCCGGCUGCUGCGUGCUAUCCAUCGCAUUCAUCUUCAUCCAGUUCUUCAGCAACACCCCGGCGCAAUUAUUCGCCGGCCAACUGAUCAACGGAUGCGUCAUUGCAUUUUACCCCAUCUGUGCCUCGGCCUACGUCGGUGAAGUCACGCCGCUGGUACUGCGCGGGUUCGCAGCCACCAUGACCAACCUGGCUUUCUCGAUUGGGUCUCUGAUCGCCUCGGGCAUUCUCAAGGGAACGGAGAGUAUGGACACGAAAUGGUCGUAUAAGAUCCCUAUAGCGGCUCAGUGGGCUCUUCCGUGCAUUAUGCUGCUUCUAGUAGCCUUCUGUCCUGAUCCGCCUUAUUGGCUAUGCCGGAAGGGCCGCCACGAAGAUGCCAUCAGGUCUCUGCGCCGUCUGGGCACGUCUGCUGUCGAUACCACGAAACAGCUGGCGCAUAUCCGCGAGACUCUCCGUCUGGAGAAAAAUCUCGAUGGAGAGAGACCUAGUUAUCUCGACUGCUUCCGGGGAACGAAUUUCCGCCGCUUGAUGAUCUGCGUGAUGGCGUAUGACAUGCAGUCUUUUACUGGCAAUGUGUUCUUUCUUAGCUAUGCUGUUCACUUCAUGGAGCUGGCCGGGUUGGAUGCGUCGAGUGCUUUCUCGAUGAAUAUUGGUCUGACGGCGCUCGGUCUGUUGGGAACAUGCAUAUCCUGGUUUUUGCUUUCUUAUGUUGGCCGCAGAACCAUGUAUCUCUUCGGCUGCUCGGCUCUAGCAAUCGUGUUACUUAUCAUUGGCAUUGUCGAUGUCGUCCCGCGGCAGACAUCUACCACUUGGGCACAAUGUGGUCUUAUGCUGGUCUGCACCUUUGUGUAUGACCUCAGUUUAGGGCCUUUUUGUUAUGUGCUACUUGCUGAAGUGUCAUCUGCCAAGCUUCGUGGUCUUACUAUUGCGCUUUCCACUGUUACUACCUUUGCCUGGUCGGUUGUAUUUGCGGUUGUUAUUCCGUAUGCCAUGAAUGAGGACCAAGGCAAUUGGCGUGGCAAGAUUGGAUUCUUGUUUUCGGGUCUUAGCGUGCUUUGUGUCAUCUACUGUUUCUUUUGUAUGCCGGAGACUAAAGGACGGACAUUUGAGGAGCUGGAUAUCCUGUUUGAGCGCAAGAUUCCCAGCCGAAGGUUUAAGGAUUUCAAGGUCGAUAUUGAUGUUGCUGGAAGACGUUUGGAGUGA